CUAGAUGAGAACAGUAGCGCUGCACUAACUAUAGAAUGCUGCAAUGUUGGACUCCUUUGAUGGCUUCUCUCCAGAGGUCAAGACACGAAAGUCUGGGUGAUCAAGCACCUUACGGGGAUCGUAUAAUGCCGGGUUCUCUAGCUGGGUGUUCGACAUAUUCGAUCAGGUGUGUAGAUUGUGGAUUUAAAAGAGGGGGGAAAAUCAUUUGAGUGAAGUUCCUGCUCGAUUUAAGAAGACAGGCUCGGUCCGAGCCCACGGAUCGUGUACCCGAUGAUCAUUAUUGAGCAGCUGAGGCCGAACUGGGAGCAGGACAGCAACAAAGGCAUUCUCUCCGUGGAGAUUCAGUGCUGGGAAAUUUAUAGUCAACCGUUUCGUUCAGAGCGGUAACGUGUGGAUUCUGAUAAUGAGCGACUUAGAUCCACGGGCGCUUAUUCACAUACUUACCACCAUCAUGAGCAAUGUCGAAAGCGACUCGACUGGCAACCCGCUAACAGUUGUCAACGUCGUUUCCGACUUGCUGCUCGUUAUUUUCAUUCACGGUUUUAAAGGCGACAACGAUACUUUCGGCAAGUUUCCUGACCGCCUCCAGCAUGUUCUCACUGAAACCGUCCCGAAUUCGACUGCGGAAUGCAUCGUAUUUCCGGUCUAUGAGACUAAAGGGGACCUGAAUGAAGCUGUUGUCCGUUUUUCUGACUGGUUGACUGAACUGACAGUCAUGAAAGAGGUAGCUCAUGGUGGAGGCGCAGGGAAAGCAAAGCUAGUACUAUGUGGACACAGUAUGGGUGGUCUUCUAGCUGCAGACAGUAUAAUCGAAUUCUACCGGACACGACCGGAUACUAGUGCUCCCUUGUGGCCUAAAAUCGUGGCUUGCAUAUCCUUCGACACCCCGUAUUAUGGUCUACAUCCUUACGUCUUCAAGAAUACUGCGACCAAGGCCGCAGAAUAUGCGAAUGUAGCCAAAUCAGUAGGCUCUGCCAUAUGGAGUUCAUUCACCAGUAGAAAUAUGGGGAACGGAACUGGCACUGCGCCAGUGGCUGCUAUAACUGCCCCGCCCACCUCGGAAAAUGCAUGGAGCAAGUGGGCGCCAGUUGCGUUAACUGUCGGAGGAGUUGUUACUGCAGCUGCCGCCGCUGGUGGGGCUGCUUACUGGCGUCGAGAUGAUCUGGGUGUUGGAUAUAGUUGGGCGACAGAUCAUAUGAAAUAUGUGCGGAACCUGUGGGAUGAGGAUGCAUUGAAAAGGAGAGUCAACUUGUUGAUUGAGAUUGAGAAGAUGGAAGGGGUGAUAUUUCGAACCUUCUACACACUACUCCCUGCCAUUCCUUUGGUGCACAACCUCGACCGGACGUUCAUGAUUUUGCCCAACACAGAUAGGCGUGCGAUGGAUCAUUUCCUGCCUGCGAUCAACAACACUGCGACCGAUGAAUUACAGGCGCAUACAGGGAUGUUUGCGGCACAUUCAAAUGACGGUUAUUAUAAGUUAGGUCUAGAGGCUGCUGGGCUUAUAAGAGAGGCCGUCAUGCUGAGUAGGGGCGUCCUUCAGCCGGAGACUCAAAUAGACCCACAGUUGGAGAAAGAGGAGAAGAAGGCUGCUGAGAUGGAAAAGGAGCAAGUGGUUGAGGAGAACAAAACGGAGGAGAGAGAAAGCACUGCGGCUCAGAACACACAGAGUGCAUCUGCUACAUGAACGAAAUCAAAUAGGGUGCUGAUUAGACUUAUCCUGUAACACUAUGCAUUCAUUCCUCUACACGAUUAUCAUAAUGAACAUUUUGUUUCCUUUGCAAUUCGAAAGAGUCAGUCGUGUUUGAGAGUCAGUCGCAUUGCAUAGGCAUCUUCCCCAUCAGCGU